AAGCAGCCUUUUUUCAAAGAUGAAGUUCCCCGCUUGCGUCCUCGUCACUUUGGUGGUGAUCCGAUCGAGUGCAGCGCAGUCAGUAUGCCCUGGCACGGAGAACAAGUUGAGCACUCUGUCUGACCUGGACCAGCAGUACCGCACCCUGAAGAAGCUCUAUGAGAAUUGUGAAGUUGUUAUGGGCAAUUUGGAGAUUACCAGCAUCGAUCGAAACCGCAACCUCUCCUUCCUCAAGUCAAUCAGAGAGGUGACCGGUUACGUGUUGGUGGCUCUAAACCAGUUCGACUGUCUGCCGCUGGAGAACCUUCGGAUCAUCAGAGGCACCAAACUAUACGAGGGUCGCUACUCCCUUGCCAUCUUCCUCAAUUACAGGCGGGACGGGUACUAUGGCCUGAGACAGCUGGGCCUACGCAACCUCACAGAGAUCCUAAAUGGGGGUGUCUACGUUGACCAGAACAAAUUCCUGUGCCAUGCGGACACCAUCCAUUGGCGUGACAUUAUCAAGAACCCCCAGGCUGAGCUGCUGGUGGUACAAUCCAACACCAGCAACCUCGGAUGCCGACGCUGUCAUCGCUCGUGUAAUGGACGCUGCUGGGGCCAUCAGGAAGACCAGUGUCAAACCUUGACAAAGACAGUGUGUGCAGAGCAGUGUGACGGUCGAUGCUUCGGGCCUUACGUCAGCGACUGCUGCCAUCGCGAGUGCGCCGGCGGCUGCUCGGGCCCCAAGGACACAGACUGCUUCGCUUGCACCAAUUUCAACGACAGCGGAGCGUGUGUGACUCAGUGUCCUCAGCCGUUUGUGUACAACCCCACAUCCUUCCAGCUGGAGCACAACCCCAGAGCCAAGUACACCUAUGGAGCCUUCUGUGUCAAGAAAUGCCCACAUAACUUUGUGGUGGACCACAGCUCCUGUGUAAGAGCGUGUCCCAGCAACAAGAUGGAAGUGGAGGAGAACCGCAUCAAAAUGUGCAUCCCCUGCACUGACGUCUGUCCAAAAGUAUGUGAUGGCAUAGGGACGGGCAGCCUGCAGACAGCUCAAACAGUGGACGCCAGCAACAUAGAAAAAUUUGUCAACUGCACCAAAAUCAACGGCAACCUCAUCUUCCUUAUAACUGGCAUUAAAGGGGACAUGUAUCAUGGUAUUGGACCUUUGGACCCUGAGCGUCUCAACGUGUUCCGCACUGUGAAAGAGAUCACAGGUUACUUCAACAUCCAGUCUUGGCCGGAGAACAUGACAGAUUUGAGUGUUUUUUCCAACCUGGCAACCAUUGGAGGUAGAUCGCUUUACAGUGGUAUAUCUCUGUUGAUCCUCAAGCAGCGUUGGAUCUCCUCCCUACAGUUCCAGUCUCUGGACGAGAUCAGUGCCGGUAACGUCUACAUUUUCAACAACAGCCGCCUGUGCUUCUACAACACCGUCAACUGGACCUCGCUGUUCAGGACCCCGAGCCAGAAAGUCCUCAUCCGUAACAACCGAGACCCAAAGGAAUGCACUCAACAGCGUAUGGUGUGUGACCAGAUGUGUUCAGAUGACGGGUGCUGGGGCCCAGGGCCCGAUCAGUGUCUUUUCUGCCGAUACUUCAGACGGGGCCGCACCUGCGUUGAGUCCUGCAAUCUCUUUGAUGGGGAAGUGCGUGAAUUUGCCAAUGGAUCUGUGUGCCUGGAGUGUGACAGCCAGUGUGAGAAGAUGGAUGGCAACACCAUGACAUGCCUUGGCCAGGGCCCAGACCAGUGUGUAAAAUGCCUCCACUUCAAAGAUGGACCCAACUGUGUGGAGAAGUGCCCCGAUGGCUUGCAGGGGGCCAACAGUUUUAUCUUCAAAUACGCCAAGGCCAACAACGAGUGUCAUCCCUGCCACGCCAACUGCACCCAGGGGUGCGUCGGGCCAAGACUCCAAGAUUGUUGCCUUUUUAGUUUCUUUAAUGUAUCUGCUUUGUUAAUGCUUCCUCCUCUCUUCUGUCUCUACAGGACACCUUUAAUAGCAGCUGGCAUUAUCGGCAGCCUAUUUAUCAUCGUCAUCCUGGCGCUCAGCGUUGCCGUUUAUGUUCGACGCAAAAGCAUCAAGAAGAAGAGGGCUUUGCGGCGCUUCUUGGAGACAGAGCUAGUGGAGCCCCUGACCCCCAGUGGAACAGCCCCUAACCAGGCUCAGCUGCGGAUCCUGAAAGAGACGGAGCUGAAGAGAGUAAAGAUUCUGGGUUCGGGAGCUUUUGGAACCGUCUACAAGGGCAUCUGGGUGCCAGAAGGUGAGACAGUGAAGAUUCCUGUGGCUAUUAAAAUCUUGAAUGAGACCACCGGUCCUAAAGCCAACGUAGAGUUCAUGGACGAGGCCCUGAUCAUGGCCAGCAUGGAGCACCCCCACCUAGUUCGUCUGCUGGGGGUUUGCCUGAGCCCCACCAUCCAGCUGGUCACCCAGCUCAUGCCCCACGGCUGCCUCCUCGACUACGUGCACGAGCACAAGGACAACAUCGGGUCACAGCUGCUGCUCAACUGGUGUGUCCAAAUCGCCAAGGGGAUGAUGUACCUGGAAGAGAGGAGGUUGGUCCACAGGGACCUGGCCGCUCGCAAUGUGUUGGUGAAGUCGCCCAAUCACAUCAAGAUCACCGACUUCGGCCUGGCACGGCUGCUGGACGCUGAUGAGAAGGAGUACAACGCAGACGGGGGCAAGAUGCCUAUUAAAUGGAUGGCCCUGGAAUGCAUCCACUACAGGAAGUUCACCCAUCAGAGUGAUGUGUGGAGUUACGGAGUGACCAUCUGGGAGCUGAUGACAUUCGGAGGUAAACCAUACGACGGCAUCUCCACGCGGGAAAUCCCGGACAUCCUGGAGAAAGGGGAACGCCUUCCACAGCCACCCAUUUGCACCAUAGACGUCUAUAUGGUCAUGGUCAAAUGCUGGAUGAUUGAUGCAGACAGCAGGCCGAAGUUUAAGGAGCUUGCCGCUGAGUUCUGCAGAAUGGCCCGUGAUCCCCAGCGAUACCUGGUCAUCCAGGGUGAUGACCGCAUGAAGCUUCCCAGCCCCAAUGACAGCAAGUUCUUCCAGAGUCUUCUGGAUGAGGAGGACCUGGACGACUUGAUGGAUGCUGAGGAGUAUCUGGUUCCUCGUGGUUUCAACAUGGCUCCUCCGUCAUACACAACCAGGCCUCGGGUCGACUCUAAUAGAAACCAGUUUGGCUAUCGUGAUGGAGGUCCAAACCCUGCAGAAGGUCCUGUGGUGGGGGCCCAAGCCUGUAUAAACCAGGAAGCUGCAGUCGGCCAGGUUCCGGCCCUGGAGGACCAGCGCUGUAACGGGAGCCUGCAUAAGAAGACGCUGAGCCAAGCUGGGGGGGAAGACAGCGGCGGCCAGAGGUACAGCGCUGACCCCACCAUCUUCCUGGGGGAAAGGGCUUCCAGAGGGGACACAGAUGAGGAUGGAUACAUGACCCCCAUGAAAGACAAGAGCUCCUCAGAAUACCUGAACCCGAUUGAGGAGAACCCAUUUGUCUCACGACAUAAAAAUGGUGAGAUCCAUGCCUUGGACAACCCGGGCUACCACAGCACACCGAACAGCCAGCCCAAAGGAGAGGACGAGUACAUCAAUGAGCCCCUCUACCUCAACACCUUCCACAGCCCUGCCGAGCUGGGCCUGGAGGUCCUGAGGAGAAAUGGUAAAGCCACUGGGAAGAAGCUGAAGGUGACCUUUGACAACCCAGAAUACUGGCAGCACAGUUUGCCUCCCAAAUCAUCUAACCAGGCGGCCCCUGAUGGUGCCCAGGGAGGUUCCACGAAUGCCAAGCUCUUCUAUAAGCAGAACGGACACAUACGGCCGGCAGUAGCUGAAAACCCUGAAUACAUGUCCGAGUUUUCCCUGAAAUCUGGCACCGUCUUGCCGCCUCCACCCUACCGGCAGCGGAAUACUGUGGUGUAG